UAUUUAGAAUUGGUUUUACAAUCAAGGAGGUUUGCACAAUCAAGGAGGCGGUAUUGGUACAAUUGGCUUGUGCUCCAUAAAGUUCGAUCUGAAGCUAAAUUCUUUCUCAGGAUGUCAUUACUUUAAUUAGCUCGAUUGUUUCUUUAGUCGGUGAACUCUAAUGAGGACAUUGAACCUAUCACUUCAUCGCAUUCGCAGGUAUAUAUGUUGUGUUGACAUAAAACCGUUUUGCUUUACAUGCAGGUGGGAUCCUGUGGAGUUUUUGAAAAAAAUGACUUGCUGAAAAAGCUGGAGCUAGAGAAGAAAAAGAGAAAGAGAGAAAAACAAACAAAUUCGUUGCAGACUUCCAAAAAUAAAAUUUUAGCGAACCGUAGCCGACAAUUGAGCCGUUUAAAGUUAACUUCAUAUUUCUCGAUAAGAACGGUACAGAUCGUGGAUGCAGCCAAUUUCUCAGAUUUGUUUGGUUACGUGGACGAAGUUUUUUUAGAAACUGAUGUGCCAAUGUUUGAAUUUGAUGAAAAUGUAGCACUGACGAUUGUUAAAGUUACUUCAAACCACGUUUUGAGACGAGUUGAAUUUAAUAACGGUGAAUUUGGAGUGUGUAAAUCACACAAGCCAGUUUUAAAAAACAGCAUUUUAACGCAGAUGUCUAACUUAAUUUAUGAAGCUAAAAUCAUUUUACUCGCUGGAAACACCCAAACAUUGUUUAUUGCCAUGGUUUAUCGACAAUCAAUUCGACCCCUGUGCUUGUUUUAGGAUUUGAGAGCGAUGCUACUCUCGUUGAUAUGUUUAACAAAUGUGCGAAAAUUAAAACUUCCGCGAUUUCAAGCAUCCUGUCAGGUCUGUCUGAUGCCAUUUGUCAUAUUCAUAAUAGCAAUAUAUUGCACAACCAAAUAACCGCCUAUCUUGUGUUGUGUUUAGUUGUUUUAUACAUGCCUUGCUAGUUGAUUCAACUUAUUGAAACUUAAAAUUUUGUUGUGCGGAUCAUGAUAUACCUGUGGGUAAUUUUAGUGAUAUCUUUCUACCUUGAUGGAACUGGCUGGGUGCAUAAAACAAACCCAUGCAAGGCAGCAAAAACAACAAGGACACGGAUGAAGAGGUGAAGGUUUAAGCAGAGAGUGUACGGCCAAAGGAAAAAAGAGGGCAGUGGUAGUAGGAUGGCUAAGUUCAUGGUAGCGAUUGCGUAUGGAAAAGGUGUAAUUGAGUGUCAUCAGUAUGAAGGUGGUCUCAGUGGUGAAAAGUGCGCAUAUUUUUUCAGAGGUCGCUUUCCAGUAAUGUUUGAACAUGGAUAUAACCAGCGCGGGAGACUGUUCCUUCAAGAUGGAGACCCUUCACAAAACUCUCGUUUGUCGCGUGAUGCUAUGGAUUCCUUCGGGCGCAGACUUUUCAAGAUUCCACCUUAUUCACCCGACUUUAACCCCAUUGAAAACGUCUUUCAUUUGGUUGGAAUCCAGCUUAAGAAACAGGCCUUGGAAAGAAGACUGAAGAAAGAAACCUAUGUGCAAUUCUGUCGCCGUGUACACUUUUAAAUUAUCCUUCCAGAAUUAUUGACAAAACAAUUGGUUUCAUGCCAAAACGUGUUGAUGAGGUUAUAAAAGGUAAAGGACGUAGUACCCGGCGCUAAGCUUGUGAAAGACCUUGUAAAAUUGUGUAAGUUUUGGAGCAACGAGUAACCUUCGAGUAACCAUAGGCUGUUUACAGGUUUUCUUAGCAAGAUAUGACGAGUAACACGAGUAACCGUACUGUAUAUAAAGAAUGUAUAGUAUUCCUUUAAUAUAAAAAUAUGGUUGCUCGUGUUACUCGUCAAUUUUGUUAAGAAAUCUUCUAAACCCCCUAUGUUUACUCGUUGACCUUUUGUUUGUUGUUUUUGUAGGAAGGCAUAUUAAACUAUAUAAGUGUGUUAUAAUAUAAAUUGACUUGUUGUAUGCGCACACAACACCAAUUGCUAAAACGUCUGAACAAAAUAAUAACAUAAGCUCCUCACAGUUUUGAAAGUCAAAAAAGUUUGUGUACAACAUAAUUCGUCUUAGGUAGAAUGUCUCUGUGAUAGAACAGAACCAAAGUAACAUUAAAUACGUGGUUGUUAUUCGUCACAACGGAUAAACAAAAGUUUGGCGAAACAUCUAAGUUAUAUUGAAACUGACGGUAGGACUUGUUCAAGAAAUCAAAGAAGGGUAUAUUUAGUUUGCU